AUGGACCUCCAAGUUUCUUGGCAUUGUUUCCUCAACUUUUUUCUCGCGAUAUUUCAAAACUUGUUUUCAGCCAAUCAGAAAGAGCGAACGUUAGCGAAUCCCGGAUGGGGAGUGGCUGCUGCAGCUGCCGUACGGCACAAAAAUUUCAACUGUCUGGUGACGUUAGAUAUCACUGGCAAUGUGCUUGUAUAUGGAUAUAAUCAACGCAGUGUAACGAAAUCGGAAAUCACGCCUUUGUUGUCGUUCAAGACGUUUUCAGACGCUACUUACCUGGCAGUAACUCUCUGUGGAGAAGUUUUACUUAUCGCCGUGAAGGGCGUUGUGGGCAACGUGGUGGUUUAUGAAGUUCCUGUGAAAAGUAUUCAUCAACGAACUCAGUGUCUAAUAUGCGGGUUAUUUUUUUUCCUCUAG